AUGUUUGCAACGCAGCCAUCACCACAACCCCAACUCCCGUUUACUCCGCGUACACCUCGCUGUCACAAUUACACUCCCGCGCGUUCAUCACCGUUAUCACCAUCGUCAGAUAGAAAGAUGUCCUCAUCACAACCGCAAUUCUUCCACUUUGCCACACAACACCAACAACACCAGUCAUCACCACCAUCAACCCCCCAAUCGCAUUUCGAAUUCCAAUUCCACAACCAACAAACCACCCCCCUCACACCCCCAGCCUCCAAUACAAAACAAUCAACCUACGCCCACCGCUACACCACUCAAACCGCAAACCCUCUCUCCUCAAUCCGCCGCACAACAGGGACCUCGCCCGCCGCGCGCACCCAACGGCGCAACCUCUUCUUGAACAAGAUCAAAGAAGAUCGCGAUGCGGGACGGUUCGAAGCGCGUGGUGAGCAGCUGGUGCUUAUGGAGGAUGUGAAGGAGGAGAGGCAGUGGAGGGAGUCGAUGGGGAGAAGGGCGGAGAGGAUCAUGAGGGAGUUUGGGAUUGAUGGGGAUGUUGAUGGGGAUGGGGUUUUGGGGUUAACUGAGGAUGAAACUGCGCAAUUGGAUGAGUUUUUGUCACAGGAGCAGGAGAUGGAGAUGGCGGAUAUGGAGCUGUUGCAUUCGUUAGAACAGGAGCAGCAGCAGCAGCAGCAGCAGCAGCAACAACAACGGAAAAGACAAUGGAAGCAAAACGGGGAGACAAACUCGUUCAGCGACGAGGAAUAUGACGACAUCUUCAUGGACCUCCCUGAUCCAGCCUCGCAAGAUCAGGGGAUGGACAUGUCAAGUGGAUGA